GCUGCUAUAGCACAAGAAUCGUUUUGCAGGGACAUGAGUAAAGUAAUGUUUCUUUUAUGCUGAGUAUGUGAGCCCAUAACUUUUCAAAGAUGUUGUUAUAGGGGAAAAAAAAGCUUUUCGAUUAUCUGUUCAUCGGUUCUUCUUUUCUAAGGUGACUUAAAGUGCAGGUAUUUCACAGUAAUAAUAACAAGAACGCAGGGUGAAGUGUGUGCUUUGACAAUAACAUGGUAAAACAGUAUGUGCUGCACAGAAACAGCCGUUCUGCACCGGUUUAGUCGACAUUCUGCAGGAGCUGCACACAGUUGUCUUCUUGACAGUGUCUUCUGGACACUGUUCAGUGACAAUUCCAGUGACCUGGGCGGCGAUGGUGGCGGUGGCCGGGCAACAGUAACGGGGGUGAGAGAGACAGAGGGGACUGUGGGAGAAGGGAGGAGGCGGAGGGGGCGGCAGGGAGACGAGGGGAGGCAGAUACUUGGUAACGCGUCACAGCAGGACAGGCAAUCGAAUCUAAAGGCGCUCAGCCGGCGACGGACACGGACGAGGAAGGUGCAGAUGAUGCUGUGGAGUGUGGACUUAGGCGCCAGGAUGACAUUUGCCAAACUUCUACUUCCAUUCCUUAUUCUUCACUCUUAUUGCAAAGGAGCAGCACAGCAGUUAAAGAACAGCCCACCGACUUUCCAGAACUACUUCUUUCAGACCUACCUUCUCAUCUAUGAAGAUAUGCCUAUUGGUUCAUCUGUGGCCCAGCUGGUUGCACACGAUCCUGAAGGAGAACCUUUGGUGUAUGGGGUUUCUGGAGAAGAAGCCAUGAGGUACUUUUCAGUCAACCAAGACACAGGUGUCGUCUGGCUCCGUCAGCAGCUUGACCGCGAAACCAAGUCCGAGAUGCAGGUUGAGUUCUACGUGAGUGACAUUCAAGAGAUUGUCAAAGACACUGUAAACAUCCAGAUUGGAGAUGUCAACGAUAAUGCACCAACCUUCCACGGGCAGCCCUAUACCAUCCACAUACCUGAGGUAAGGAGAAAUGUUUGCCUUUAUUGCAUUAACGAGAGCAGCAAACUAAUGCGUCAGCCAUGUACCAGCCGGGGUUUCCUACAUCCUGACAAUACGUUGACCUGUUGUGUUGAUGUUCAAAAAAUCUUUCCCUCUGAAGCAUCUACUUUGGAGCUGGAAUUUUGUCAAAGUGAAAAUGAAAAACAUGUCUCAAAUACACCUGCACUUGUGCCUGUUGUAACAGUGGUAACUGCAUGUUGAAUACAUUCUGUGGUCUUCAACUUUUCAUAUUGCUUUUGGUCUUUUCUGCCCUGAAAAUGGCAAUGUUUUCUGCACACCCAAUCUUGCUACAAUUUGAGGAGGUGUCUUGGAGCGCACGUUUGGCAUUGACAGACUCUCUUAUAGAGGAGAAAAACAAUCGUUCUGUCUUGAUAUCUGUUCUCCUCUGUUUUCCACAGUCAUGUUCUCUCUGAGUAUCCCCCACCUCUACGUUCUCCCUGUUUCAUCCCUCGUUCUCUCAUUCUUCUUCUCUGUCUAACCAUUGAUAUAAAGUAGAUACUGCAAAAGAGUUGAGUUUUCUCUACAGGGUCCAAA